AUGUCGAUAGUUGCCAGCGGCAGUGGCGGCGGCGGGGAGGGAGCGCGUGGCGGCGGGGAAGCACGCCAGAUCUACCCUACCCUGACGAACACCAACUACACCAGCUGGUGUAUACGUGUUCAAGCCAUCAUGGAGGAUCGGGAGGAGUGGGAGAUCGUGGAGCCGGAGGCAAACGCGUCGGCAACGGCGCCGACCGCGGCGGAGGCGGCGAAGAUGACCGCCAAGGAAAAGAAGAUCAAGGCCAACCUUCUUCAAUGCAUUCCUGAUGAUUUGUUGAUGCAAGUCGCCAAGAAGAAGACGGGGAAGGUGUGGGACUCCCUCAAGGUCCGUCAGAUGCAGCAGCUUGGGGGGAGCAUCGGCAACGCGGAGCUGGUCAAGAAACUGUUCGACAUCGUGCCUGAGCGGUACCUCACCGACAUGGCCGGGAUCGAGCAGUUUUAUGACCUCAAGACAAUAGCGUUCGACGAAGCUGUGGGUCGCCUGAAGGCGUUCGAGGAGCGCAAACGUCGCGGCAGCGGCAGUGCACGAUCUGGGGAGUCACAGGUGUUGCUCACCCAGGCCAAAUGGGAGGCCAGACAGAAGAGCGCGGGAGGUGACUCUUCGAGUAGAGGGAAGAAUGGUGGUGGACGAGGCCGGGGUCGUGGCCAUGGCGGAGGAAACGGCGGUCACGACAGAGGCGGUGACACCGGCAAAGAUGGCACUGUUGAUAUUCAAGGUAGAGGUACAAUUGUGUUUGAGGGAAAGCAUGGGGAUCAUUGGGUACUUUCUAAUGUUUAUUACAUACCUAAGCUCAGAAGUAAUCUAGUUAGUUUAGGACAAUUGACUGAAAUUGGCCACAGAAUUGUCCUUGAUGAUGAUCUGCUAGAGGUGUUGGGAGAUGUCACUCCUCAUGAGUCUUGGACAGGGAGGAAACCAUCUCUGGGGCAUCUGAAGAUUUUUGGUUUACCUUUGCACAUGCCAGAAAUAAAUGCACCACAUUUGAAGAAACUUGAUGACAGAAGUAGACCCCUAGUCUAUUUUGGAGUUGAGGAAGGCAGCAAAGCUCAUAGGUUGUUUGAUCCUAACACAAACAAGAUCAUAGGAUCAGUAGGAGCUGAAAAUUUAGUUGAGUUUGUGGUGGAAACUGAAGCUGAUUCAGAGAAUUUUUCUGUGGGUGACAGUGAGAACAUUGUUGUUGAUCAGCAGGGUGGAUCCACACCAAGCUCAGGGAGUAGCAGUGGACCUAUUAGAUACAGAAAUCUGAAUGAUGUCUAUAGUGAAACUGUUGAAAUUGAGCUUGUUGAUUCAGAAGAUGAACUAGAGGAUGCAGAUGUGCAAGCAUUGCUAGUUGAGACUGGGGAGCCUACCUGUUUCAGAGAGGCAUCAUGUUAUGCCAAGAAAGUGCUUGGGCAAUUUGGUAUGAAGGAUUGCAACUCUACCAAAAUACCCAUGGAACCAGGGAACAAACUUGAUGCUGAUAAAGGUGGAGUGCCUGUGGACUCAACUGAGUAUAGAAAGAUGAUUGGCUGUCUCAGAUACUUGUUACACACAAGGCCAGAUCUUUCAUAUUCAGUUGGAGUUGCUAGUAGGUUCAUGGAGAACCCCACAGUGAUGCAUGUCAAGACAGUCAAACAGAUACUGAGGUAUCUGCAUGGAACACUGGAAUUUGGACUGGUUUAUGUCCAAGGUGGGAAUGCAGGUGAGUUGGUGGGCUAUACUGACAGUGACCAUGGAUCUGAUGUUGUUCAGAGGAGAAGCACAGGUGGAAUGGCUUUCUACCUCGAAGAAAAUCUGAUCACCUGGAACUCAUUCAAGCAAAAGACAGUUUCCUUGUCAUCAUGUGAAUCAGAGUUCAAGGCGACCAUCGCAGCAGUGAAAGACAAAGAAAGCGUUAGGGUUGAGAAACUUGUUUAG